AUGAAGGACUGCGAGUACCAGCAGAUCAGCCCCGGGGCCGCUGCGCCCGCCGCGCCCCCCGGCCCGGGCCCCGGGCCCCCUCCGGCCGCCGGGGAGCCGCGCUGGAGCGGCAGCGGGAGCCUGGGCCGCCGCCCGCAGCGCAAGUGGGAGGUGUUCCCGGGCCGCAACCGCUUCUACUGCGGCGGCCGCCUCAUGCUGGCCGGCCACGGCGGCGUCUUCGCGCUCACGCUGCUGCUCAUCCUCGCCACCACCGUCCUCUUCUUCGUCUUCGACUGUCCCUUUCUGGCCCAUAAGCUGACCCCUGCAAUCCCUGUCAUCGCUGCCAUCCUUUUCUUCUUUGUCAUGAGCUGCCUGCUACAGACGAGUUUCACCGACCCUGGAAUCCUGCCUCGGGCCACCGUCUACGAGGCUGCUGCCUUAGAGAAGCAGAUAGACAACACAGGCAGCUCUACUUACAGGCCACCGCCUCGGACUCGGGAGGUGAUGAUCAAUGGGCAGAUGGUGAAGCUGAAGUACUGCUUCACUUGCAAGAUGUUUCGGCCACCCCGGACCUCUCACUGCAGUGUCUGUGACAACUGUGUGGAACGGUUCGACCAUCACUGCCCCUGGGUAGGCAACUGUGUGGGGAAACGGAACUACCGCUUCUUCUAUGCGUUUAUUCUCUCCCUCUCCUUCCUGACGGCCUUCAUCUUCACCUGUGUGGUCACCCACCUGACACUGCGCUCUCAGGGAAGCAACUUCCUCUCCACUCUGAAGGAGACACCAGCAAGUGUUCUGGAGCUGGUGAUCUGCUUCUUUUCCAUCUGGUCCAUCCUGGGCCUCUCAGGGUUUCACACUUACCUCGUCGCCUCCAACCUGACAACCAACGAAGAUAUCAAAGGCUCAUGGUCCAGCAAGAGGGGUGGUGAGUCUUCAGUCAAUCCCUACAGCCAUAAAAGUGUUAUCACCAACUGCUGCUCCAUUCUCUGCGGCCCCCUACCUCCCAGCCUAAUUGACCGGAGGGGAUUUGUGCAGUCCGACACCAUGUUGCCCUCGCCUGUCAGAAGUGACGAUCCUGCCUUCGGAGCCAAGCCUGACGCCAGCAUGGUAGGAGGCCACCCCUGAAUCGACUCAGUUUUUGCCAGCCUCUGGCCAGUCCACCCCUCUGCACUCAGCUGCCAGGACCCACCCUGCACCAUCCAGGGGAGCAGAGCUGCCAGACUCCAGUCUUGUCAUAUUUAUUUCCCACCCUGCCUGGCUUCCCGAACCCUUCCUGCUCUUUGGCUGUACCCUCUGCUCCUAAAAUCAGGUUCCUAUGGGCUGGGGCCCAUGUGCCCUCAGCUGAUGAGUGACAGGAGAGAGGGCAAAGGGCACUAUGCCUGGUCUGCCUGGCCCUGAGCACCUGAGGGUGCAACUGAGUGGGAUUCCAAGAGGGGUCCUGGCCAUGCUGAGCUGGGCCCUGGGGGCAGUGUAGGAUCUUUCAGAUGGUCUCUAUUUGUUCUUCCAUGGAUCUAUGGGAAUUUUUUGGUCUGUACUUGGCCAGUCAGAUGGAGCUGGAAUUGCAAGUAGAAAAGGCAGCAUUGGGUGGAGGGCGGCAACCUGCUUGGCCUUGGUGGCACACUAGGAAGACUGGGCCUUGCCCUCUCUGCUGUGGAGGGCUCUGCAAGAGACCCAGCUUGAACCUCCCAUCUGAACCUCCACCUCCUGCCCAAGUAAGGUCUGGGGAAAGGCAGGUUUUAUUCCUGCUGGCAGUACUUGAAACGGGUUUAUUAAUGCUGGGUAUUUUGCACAAUUUUAUAGACCUCUUUUCUACGUAGCACUUUUUAAAUGGAAGAAAAUAAAGCAGCCCCACUGCUCUCUGAGUAAUGCCAGGGGACAUGCUCUCAGAAGGCAGCUGGUUUUAGUAAGUUUAGUACGAGGCCUCCUGGCUCGGGGUGCGUGUAAGAAUGUGUGCAUGCGAGCGUGUGUGCACCUGCCCACUUGUGUGUGGCGAUUCUCACCUCCCUUGGGCUGCCCCAUCUUCCUUGAGUGUGAGCCAGCAGCAGCAAGAACAGCCUGAGCCAUGGUGAUGGGAGCAUGUGCAUUGGUCAUAAGACCCCCAUGCCCCUGCUGAGCACCCAUCUUCCUCUUCUCUCCAUGUACUUCAGAGAAUCAGUGACUAAAACUCUGACGCCACCACUACCCUGCCCUCCCCCAGCACCCCCACCCAACCCACUGGUUAGGCUUCCGCCUGGUACAUGUCCAGACGAGCUGGGACUGGGUGUGGUAGAUGGGGUAAUGGCUGUGGGGAGCGGCUGCCUCUGACAGGCCAUACCCCCUUCUCAGCUCUGAGCAUGGCACCCAGUGCUGAGGCAAGGGGACAGGGCACUCCUGCCACUGGCACCCUCCAUCCAGAAGCAAGGAAGGAAGGAAAAGGUGGGGUAAGAGGCAAGGGAAGAGUGGCUGACUUGGAGCAGGAGCAGUAGUACAAAUGGUAGGACGCUUUCCUUGCAUGUGAAUGACCCAGGUUCGAAUUCUGUCAUCCCAUAUGGUCCCCUGAGCACUGCCAAGAGUGGUUCCUGAGUGCAGAAACAGGAAUAACCCCUAAGCAUUGCUAGGUGUGGCCCCAAAACAAGAAGAGUGACCAACUCGGGGCCAGACAUAGGAUGCUUCUUUGCUAGGAGUUCUCAUUCCUUAUCAGAAUUAUGGAAGACUGUCCCUCUGUCACUUGGCCUUCAGGUGGGAUAGCAGCAUAAUAGUGUUGUAGCUUGUUUCUUGCAUCUUGUCCUACCUUGCUCUGGAGGCUCUUGGGUCACACGAAGCUGAGAAGUGGCAGCCACAGUGGUCCCCAAUUGAUCAAGGUUCUCCCAGUGAGGCCACAGUGGCCCUGGGAGUCAGGCAGAAGCUGACUAGAGAAAGCGAUUCCCACGUACCUUCUACUAUUUAAACCAGUAUUCUUGUUCUUGCUUGUAAUAAAACUUCUGUUUAUAAGA